GCGAGCCGGCCCGCCCGCCGCCACCACCGCCCCACGUAAAACGGUGCAGAGGACAGUUGAACGAGUCGCAAUAUGUUGGCGGAGAUAUAUAUUCCCGAGACCUGAGAGAGGAUCAGGAAGUUGAUCUGAGAAAUUUCCUGCACAACCAACUUAUUCAAUCUGACAAGGAGGACAAUUGCAUUGAGUUGAAUGCUGCCUACUUCACUUGCGACAGUGUGAAGAAAAUACUCAAGGAAGCCAAGAAAAACCACGACUUUCUUAUAUGGUGCUCAUUAGUGAAGAAAACCAACAGCGUUCGCAUCAAACGAAAACGCCUUAAACGAUCCUCUGAUUCUCGACCAGAGCUCGUGUAUACGUUUAUUGAGCAAGCGGUACAGCCAGGAGCGCAAGUAGCGUUAAAAUGUUCGGCUGUUGGUGAACCACCUCCUCGAUUUCGAUGGUCGUUAGAUGGUCAACCAAUACCGUCGCAUCAUGGGGCAAUAAUAACAGAAGGACGGGAAACCGGACCCAGCAGUAUCGGGUCGAGUAACAAUUACAUACUGUCGACAUUGUCACUGAACAGUGCCAGGGUUGAACAUGGCGGACGUUACGAGUGUCGGGCUACAAAUAAUCACGGCUCAAUCGCACAUGCUGCUCGGCUGAAUGUUUACGGUCCUCCAUAUAUCCGCGCCAUGAACCCAGUAAAGGCGGUCGCUGGAUCUGACGUCACAAUUUGGUGUCCUUAUUAUGGGUUCCCAAUUGAUUCAGUAAAAUGGGAAGGCGGGGUAGCAAACGAUCCGCGUUACCAGCAAUCUGAAGGGCAACUUACUAUAACGAAUGUCGAUCGCACGCGAGACAGAGGCGGUUGGAUUUGUUCUGUUCUGACUCCUGGAGGAGAAUUAGCGAGGAGAGAGGUGCAAAUGAACGUCGUGUCACCGCCCGUGCUGUCGCCCAUCGUGUUCCCGCCCGGCCUGCGCGCGGGCGACCGAUCACAACUCACCUGCACCGUCACCUCCGGAGACAUGCCUGUCUACUUUUCUUGGCUCAAGGAUCAGAUGCCUAUAUCUAGCGUGCUUCAGGUGGACGAGCGAGGUGCUGAGUUCUACAGCAUGCUCCUGUUCAAGAGUCUGACCGCAGCGCACAGCGGCGUCUACACUUGCGUCGUCACCAACACCGCCGGGAAGGCAAACAUGUCCGCCGAGCUAGCCAUUAAGGUUCCGCCAUAUUGGCAAAUAGAGCCGUUGGAUGGUGCUGUGCUGUUGAAUGGAUCACUAACAGUCAGCUGCGAAGCAAGGGGCCAUCCACCACCCGCAAUAUAUUGGACAAAGUUUACUGGUAGUACAGAGACGGCUUUGGGUGGAGUAUCUGAUCCGGUAGUGCUCGGUAAUGGCUCGUUGAGGCUCGAGUCGGCCCGCGCGGAACAUUCUGGAAAAUAUCGCUGUAGGGCAGAAAAUGGCGUAGCACCGGCCCUGUCUAAAACUCUAACGAUACACGUUAACGAACCGGCGCGAUUCGAAACACCAUCAGUAAACGUAACAGCGAAGCUGGGAGACACGGUGCGGUUGGCUUGCGUCGCGAGAGGCGACAAUCCUCUAUCUAUGACUUGGAGCCAUUCGGGGAGAGCUUUGCCGAAUUCUGAUUACAGGAUGAGUAUAUCAGAGACUCGCAGUGCGGAGGGACUGCGCAGUGAGCUGGUAAUUGAGAGAGCCGAUAGGAGGGAUUCUGGUGUUUAUCGGUGUCAGGCGUCCAACCCCUACGGCAGGUCGGACCACUUCGUACACCUCGGAGUACAAGAACCACCAGAACCACCGGCCAAUUUUCGAGUACUAGACACUACAUCGCGAUCAAUCCGCUUACAAUGGCGAAGACCUUACGACGGGAACUCCCCGGUGCUGGGCUAUGUAGUGCAAUAUCGCAGGCACGACUCUACUAAUCCCGAUGCUUGGAGAGACGCCGACACACAUAACGUCUCCGUCAAUGCUCACACCAUGGACUCUUAUACUGAGACGGAAGACGCAACGAUAACAGGCUUAGAGCCGGCGACAGCGUACUUGGUGCGCGCACGCACAGUAACGGCGCAAUUCGCGUCUGCACACACGCGCGCACUGCUGGCGCUGACGUCACACGAACCGCCGGCACGCGCGCCCGUUAGUCUGCGCGCGUCCGCUCCGCGCCCGUCCACUAUAGAACUUGCGUGGCAGGCACCACCAACAUCGGCAUGGAAUGGUGAAUUAUUAGGAUAUACGGUAUGGUGGUGGCCUGCCGCUGACGGUACGUUAUCCGGCGGUGCUAGUGUUGGAAUGGAAUUUGCCACAGUUAGGGGACAUGUCACCAAGUAUACUAUUGAAAGUCUCGAACAUUUUACGCGAUAUUCGGUUAGCGUCAGAGCGUUUAAUAGUGCAGGUGCUGGACCAGCUACAGCUCCUGUUAACACUCUUACUCAGGAGAGUGUGCCAUCGGAAGGUCCGCGCGCCGUCCGCUGUCGCGCAGUGUCUCCUCAGAGUCUCAAAGUGGAAUGGUCUCCUCCCCCUGCUCAUGCGCAUCACGGUGCUCUCCUGGGAUACAAGCUGCUUUAUCGUCCGGAGCAUACGACAGACUGGCUGGAGUGGGAGGUGCGAGGCGGCGGCGCGGGCGCGGCGGCGGGCGCGGAGGUGAAGCGCGUGGCGGGCGUGGAGACCUUGCUGCUGGCGCUGCGGCCGCACAGCAACUACACCGUGCAGGCGCUGGCCUACACCGCCGCCGGCGACGGCGUGCCCGCUCAUCCUAUACACUGCACUACGCAGCAGGAUGCUCCAGGACCACCAGCUGCAGUGAAAGUGAUCGCGACAUCCGUUACGUCUUUGGCAGUUAGCUGGUUACCCCCAGGUCGGCCGAAUGGACCUAUUUUGUAUUAUACCGUCUUCUAUCGUGAACUUGGAAGGGACCGUCCUCCACAAACAACCACUGUUCAAGCGGAAGAUGUUGAAAUGUCAGUCGGUCUCGGCGGUUUCACGGAAUUAAGGUCUUUGUCGGAAAGCGCUACAUACGAAGCGUGGGUUGCAGCACAUUCUGCAGCUGGAGAGGGAGAACCAUCUGCACCUCAGCCUGCCACGACUACCUCUAGAGCGGCAGUGAGACUGUUGUCGUUCGGCGUGUGGGCGCGCGUGCAGUGCGGGCGGCCGCUGCGUCUCGCGUGCGCGUGGCGCGGGGAGCCGGCCCCGCGCGCGCGCUGGCUGCGCGGAGACCGGCCCGUCACACACGACCCGCGGACGCAUCUCACACCGCAAGGACAUCUCGCUAUACAUGAAGUGGACGCGCUGACGAGCGGCAACUAUACGUGCUCGGCGCGCAAUUCCUUCGGCUCCGAGGAGGUGACGUACCGCGUGGAGUGCGCCGCGCCACCCGCCGCGCCCGCACUCGUGCUCGAACGCGCCGCACACACCCUGGCGCGCCUCGCCUGGCGUACCACACACCACCCUGCUGCUCCCCCACAUGGUUUUACCAUCUUCUGGGUACGCGUCCGUGAUGACAGCGGUGAGGGUGCGGAACCCACUAGCUCCCGAGGUGAAGAAGAACGUAAAAUAGAAGCAGGUGGAGAAGCAGCUAGUGUGGUGCUGAGAGCCCUAUCAUGUGGAGCAACAUAUUCAGUCAAGGCUGUCGCGCAUUCGAGAGCUGGCUCUUCACCACCAUCUGCCCCCUUACUUGUUCGGACGAAACCUCCAGUACUAGUGUGGGAAGGCGGAGGAAAUCCAGAGAGUGAUCGAGAAGAGGGUGCCGAGGCGGCCGUGUGGAGCAACAGCAGCGCGCUCGCACUCGACGCGCGCAGAGCCGUGCGCUGCUCCGCGAGGCUCGUGCGUCUGCAGUGGAGGCGAGCAGACGCCGGACUAGUCUGGAGGGACGCAGACCUCACCUCUUUGCACCAUCACCGAGAGGUAGUGAUCGGAGGACUGGCGGUAGGCACGUGGUACGCUCUAAAACUAUGGACGGCUACAGAUUCCAGUCGACAACAAGCUGUGAUAUAUGCAGCUACCACGACACAUUCCGGAGAACGUCUCCGACGGCCGGUGGCUUUCCAGACUGAAGGGAUUCCAACAAGCACAGUCAGUAACGGCGACAGCGCAGACCGCGUGCUCGGAGCACUGUCGCUCGCUUUUGCUGCUCUCGCCGCACUUGCCGUGUCUGCACUGCUCCUCGUACUGAUGGCUAAGCGGAGCACGCUACUCUCUUGUGGGGAUCAAAUCGAGGAGGAAACUCGUCGCUGUAGCCACUCCGCAGCCAGUACCGAUAAGUCUGUCUGUCCCGAACAGCAAAACAUACGGAACUGCCAACAUGACUACAAGCAUGACAAACUGUCCCCGGCAUCCGGUGAGAAUUUAUAUGUAUACGAGAUAAGUCCGUACGCGACUUUUGCGGUGGGCGGCGAGACAGCCGCGACGCUUGACCACACGCUACAGUUCCGCACGUUUGGGCAUCGUGACAACGACGCGCCGCCGCACCGACCCUGCAGGAAGCACCCGCAACGGCACAGGGAGAGGGCAGACGUUGAAAAGCACCACUCAGAUUGCGAGCUGCAGCAGCUGAGUCGCUACGAGAAGGUCCGGCCACGGCACUGCGCCGGCACCUCCUACUGCGUGCCGCUCUCGCAUCAUGGUGGUGGAGGUGGCAGCGGCGGUGGGAGCGGAGGCGGCUUCUCGGAGGUUUACGCGGGCGAUUCCAGCGCGGAGUCAGGUCCAGGUUCCCUCUCGCCGCGCACUCAUCAUGAGCACAGCUAGCGCCGUGGUAAAGGAACUUCAAUACACACGACUAGUCUUAGAAGAUCGACUAAGCAACUUUAAACUGCCAAUUAUAAGAGUUCAAGGACAAUCUUAAAUUUAUGAUGUGAUGUAACUUGAACUUAGGAUUUAACAGAAUGUCAUUCUUGUAUGUACUUAACUAUAUAGUCAUCCUUUACGUGUUGUUUUUGAGACGACCACCAGAUGGUUAGCGGGCGAAGAUAAAUGCAUUCGAUUUGAGUCAAAGCGAUUCCUCUUAUUUCCGUCAAUCUUUGAUGAAAUUUCUUUACAUUUUGAUAUUUUCUACUAAGAAUGUCAAUCAAUAUUAUGGAAAUUGUCUCUGCCCGCUGAUAUCAUUUCGCCACUGGCCAUAAACAUCGCAGGAAUUGUAAAUCAUACCUCCAUUUUCGAACUCAAUUGAUCUAAUGUCUCUCGAUGCUGAAAUCUAUAAAUUAAAUAAUCUCUAACUAAAAUAAAAUCA